CGGUGUUCAGCUUGGCGUACAGGGUGUAUGGGCUUGGUGCCUGUUUUGUGUUACUCUUGCUUCCUUUGAGCUGUGGCUUAUGGACUGCAAGGGGCUUUUGUGCUGCUUUGGGGCAGAGGAGAUCUUUCCAGUCUUUUCUUUUCUGUCAGCUGCAGAGAAGGUUUGUUUGCUAUGCAUGAAUCCACAGAGCAACCCGGAACGGCUGCUAUUGUGAUGUCAGCAGAGGGUUGCCAGGUAACAGCGCUGUCAGCAGGAGGUUCUCCUGGUGCCUGCAAGGCCUCAGCAUCCAGAGCAGCUCUUGGCGCGCUCAUUGCAGGAGGAUCACCUCAGCUGUGCUGUUCUCAGAUUACAGCAGGUGUCCUUUUGUGUCUGUAGUUUCUUGAGCAGUUUGUGGAGUUGUGCAAGUGUCCUGUUUCUCCCCUUUUUUUCCUUGCACAGUCUGGGGACUUGUGCAAGAGGGGGUUUGUUUCCGUUUUUUGUUCCCCUGGCCUACGGACUUGAGCAGCACUGCUCAAACCAUGGAGCGAGUCCGUAGAGCAGUCAGCAGCGCCUUUUCAUUGGUGGCUCCUCGGAAAGCUUUUCGUCGUUUGACUGGUCGACUCCGAGGAGGAAGGAGUCAAGUGCGCGCUUCGGUCCCGCUAGGAGAAGUUCUCACCAGUCGGGACUCCUCGGUCCAGGCAGGAAAGGCGGAGCGGCACGAGAGCACGGCUAGAGUGCGCGGCGCCCGGGAGCUGAGAUGGAAGGAGUUGGCUGCAUCUGAGAGAAAGCGCCACUCCUCCCUAGAGAGGGUGUUUGAAGUGGCAGAACUGACCCCGGUGGAAACGCCGCCUCAGAGGGAUCUACUGCAGGAAGCAUUUCCUCUGGUGGCACCAAAGGUUUGCCGCCCGCAGCGGCCAGCCCACAGGGGCCUGGAGAAGCUGGGGCAGGAGUUCUCUCUCCCAGGGCAGACACUGUCCCAGGUGUGCAGAGAGAAGGCGGCGCUGGUGAAAGAGAACGCUGCCCUGGAAGCCCGACUGAGAGCCACGGAGCGGGACCUACGGGGCGUUUCAGAGCAGCUGGCAGAAGCCAGGUCAGAGAAGGAGAGCCUGCAAAGCAGCCUGCUGGAGGCUCAGCAGCACGUAUCGGAGCUGGAGACGGCCAGGAGCUGCCUGGAAGCCCAAGUGCGCACAGCCAGGCAGGCCAAGGAGCUGAUACUCGAGGAUGUGAGGGGCCUUCGUCGUGAGCUGCUGGCUGUAAGAUCUUUCAGCAAGCAGCAAUGUGAAGACAUGGCUCAACAGCUCCGCUGGGCAGAAGAGCAGUGCAGCAAGGCUCUGAGACUCUGGCAAGCUGCUGAGGAAGCGAAGAAAAGGAAGAUUGUGCAAAACCUGGAAAGCAAGCUGGAACAACAGAGUUUGAAGGCACAGGAGAAGCUGGAGCAAUGGAUCAACUUGGUGGCAGAGCUCCAGAGCCAGAAGGCUGCUCUAGAUGAUAAGGUGCGCCAGCUGCUGGGAGAUCUAAAUGAAAGGCAGCAGCAGCUAGAGCAGCUGAGGCAGGAGCUGAAUAAGGAGCGGCAGAAUGGACAGGACAAGCUGCAGGCAGAGUUGCGGGAAGCUCAGAGGAAGAUGGAGGCAAUGGAGAAGAGGCACAAAGAAGAAGUGCAAAGGAUGCACAAGAUCCUGCUGCAGUACAGGCUGGCUGGACGAAAGCAGAGCUCCAGCUCCUCUGUCGUGGCACCUGCACAAGCUGCAGCUGAAGAAGCCUCCAGUGCCCAAGCUGGAAACUCAAGCAGGAGCAGCUCGUGCACCUGGAGCACGACUAGUUCCUCUGGCAGCAUGGAGCUGCUGGGAGAGAGGACAGAGGACAAGUGCCUGGACAUGCUGAAGAUGCUGGUGAGCGAGGGAGAUCCUGAGGCUAAAUACACAGAACUGGAAACAAUUGGCAGAGGGGGUUUUGGCACGGUGUGCAUGGCAGUGGAGACUGCCACAGGAGAAGAGGUGGCCAUAAAGAAAAUUAGUCUCCUGGAAGAGAGCAACAGCGAGGUGUGCCUGAAUGAAAUCCAGAUCAUGCGUGGCAAUAAGAAUGCCAAUCUUGUGACCUUUGUAGACAGCUACCUGGUGGAUGAGGAACUCUGGCUGGUGAUGGAAUACAUGGACGGAGGUUCUUUACACGAUGUCAUUAGGGAGACUCAUAUGGCAGAAGGAGAGAUAGCAGCUGUCUCUCGGGAGUGCCUGCAAGGCCUGGAUUUCCUUCACUCCAAGCAAGUGAUCCACCGAGACAUCAAAAGCCACAACAUUCUCCUGGGCUUGGACGGCUCUGUCAAGUUGGCUGAUUUUGGCCUUGCUGCUCAGCUCACCUCUGAGCAGAGCAAACGGAGAUCAGCUGUUGGGACUACUCACUGGAUGGCGCCAGAAAUUUUCACAGGGAAGCCCUACGGCCCCAAAGUGGACAUCUGGUCCUUUGGAAUUGUGGGGAUCGAGAUGGUGGAAGGAGCACCUCCUUACCUGAUGAACACCUCCCGCACGGUUCAGCAGCUGAUAAGCACCAGGGGCACCCCGAAGCUGCAGAAGCCCAGGCAACAGUCGGCUUGGCUGCGAGACUUUCUGUGCUGCUGCCUGGAGACGGACGAGGACAGGCGCUGGUCUGCCCAGGAACUUCUGCAGGUAAAAGGCAAAGCGGCUGCCGGGUGCGCCGGCCGCCCGCUGCCAGGGGCUCCUCGUCUGCUCAAGUCCAAGGCGGCAGAUGGGCCCUGCUCCUGAGAAUCUCCAGUCUGGGGGCUUUUCAAAGGAAAACAGAGGAGAAUCCUGGCCUGGUAUGGGUUGGAAGGAGCCUUUCCAGGUCGCCUAGACCAAAUCUCUUUCAUCUGAAGCCAUCUGGGUUAAUGGAUUUGUGGGAUUGGGAGCCAUGUUUGGCUCAUGUAGCAUGGUCCUGGAUGUGGAGACAGAGGUGCACAGAAUGCCCUCCUUUGUGUAUCUUUCUGCUUGCCAGAGAAAGCCAGUUUCAGCCUGUGAGGUCAGUAGAAAUUAAUGUCUUCUUUUUCUCUUUGGGCAGCAUCCUUUUGUAACCUCAGCCAAGCCGACCUCCAGCCUGACGCCUCUGAUCAUGGCAACGCAGCAGUUUAUGGCCGACAGGAGAUACUAGCCCUGCAAGAGGCCAUUGGUGUUUUUUGUAGUUUCUAGUUUCUGGUUUAUAGCUCCUAGUUCGUAGUUUCUUUAGACUGGUAGUCAAAAUAAAUAAGGCAAUACAUGUUAUAAAAAGAAGAGCCUAAAAGUUAUGCUAACGUGGUUAUAGAAUUAUCCUCUGUUAGAAUGUUGUUAUUACUGUUAAUCACUUCCCUGCAUUCAUUCCUUGUUAGAAAUCCUUCUCUGUUAGAUUCUGUUUCACUGUGCUGCCGGCUGCUGCUUCCUAGAAAAUGGCACCUGGGCCUGUCAGGGGGAGUUGACAUCAGAGACAGUAUGCAAAUACAGGAACUCUUCAGAAACUAUGCUAGAAUCACCUAGAACUAUGAGCCUUCACAAAAUUAUACACCGGGACACUUGCAGAAGAGUGAGCAUCUAACCCUAGUACCUAGAGAGAUGCUUUUAAUCUGUCACUCUAACCACUAGACACCUCAAACAGUAUGAGGACCCUAGACCAUAGCACAGACCGUGAGAAGAAGGGGAAGAAUCCUGCCGCUCCUGUGAGGAUGGAUUCCCCAGCUCUGCCUGCAGCUGAAGCGGACAAAGCUGAAUUCCUCCUCCUCAGCGUCCCUCCGGGAAGCAGCAGCUGGCAUGUGCACAGCCUGUUGGGCUCCCACCUGAGCUGAUCUCACUAAAUAAAGGCAUUUUAAAGGAGAAUCAUCUCCUGCCCAUUUAUUACAAUAUGUAAGACCUUCACUGUGUUGGAAGCCUCCCGUUGUUCUCACCCUCUGAAUAAGCUCUAAAUUUGCUUC